GUCAACAGACCAGAAAAAACAUCCGGCGGAUUGCCUAACCUUAGAUCUGCUUAGAUUUACUAUCUAGGCCUAGCCUGGGCACUAGUCAUGGUAGCUUGCUAAGCAAUAAUCAAAGAUUGAUAGUUAUUUGAUUACCUGUCUUAUCUACGCACAGCUAGGUUUAGGUCCAGCUCCAGCUUAUAUAGGCCUAACCUGCCCUAGGCCUAGGCUAGGCUUACGUUAAAAAAUAUCCGGAAAGUGUCACGGGGGCGGGAUUCCACCAAAGCAAGACGGACCGUCUUUUUUUUUUGCCGUUCCCUCCAAGGACUUAGCCUAGCUUACUGCGGGUAAUGGAAUAAUGCCUACUGAUAGUAUUUAACACUCAUCGACAAAUUACCAUGUUCAAGUUUUUAGAAAUAAGGUACUUUCAUCGUCUCUUGGACGUAAAGACCUGUAAAUGGUUUCAUAUUGGCAUUGUUUUCCAAUGCACACAUCUUCAGGACGUCAAACGAUGUUACGAACUUCUAAAAUUAGAAGACGAUUGUAAGUUGUGUGAUGCAAAGGCUGCAUACAUUAAAUUGGCAAAGAGGUACCACCCUGACAGUUCUUCAUGUUCGGCAAACAUUGAGAAAUUUAGAAAAAUACAUGAAGCUUACGAUAAAGUAUGUGCGCAUAUACAGAAGGAAGAACGAAAAGAAGAGCUAAAUAAGGAAGAGGAGUUGGAGUUCACUCAUAUGUAUACUGCUAUGCAACACAGGCAGUAUCUCAACUACGAAGGGGUUGGAAUCGGAACCCCAAGCCAGCGUCAACAGCAAUACCAUCAGUAUAGAGCCGUACGAGCAAUGGACAGCGUAUCUGAACGCCGAAUUGGAAAAAUUGUGUUAACUCAUGAGGACGCGAUGGUGAUCAAAGACAAGAAAGCAGCCAAAAAAAUUAAGUCAACAAACGUGAUUCACAGAUUGGUCGAAGAUCUUUAUCAAGAGUCGUACAAAAAUGGAGAAUUUGAUAACCUUCCAGGAAAAGGGAAACCCCUUCCAACUAGGAGUGACUACAAUCCAUAUGUAGAUAUCAGUACUCACAACAUGAAUAGAGUAUUAAUCAGUAAUGGAUAUGCUCCAGACUGGGUCACAAAGAGGAAAGAUAUUUUCUUUAUGAUUGAAGAUAAUCGAAAGAAGCUUCUCAAAGAAAGACAGAAGUUGGGUAAAGCUCCAUUAUCUCCAUACAAUGAGGAUAAAUGGCGUCAAAUUUGCCUCAAAUUUGAUGACAACAUUAUGCGUGUUAACAAAAUUGUUGAUAGCCUGAAUCUGGCAGUGCCAAUCAUUAAUUUACAACUUGUGCAAUUUUCAUCAAAGAAAGAGUUGGCAAAAGUUAUGGAUCAGUAUGCAGAAAUUGAGGCUCUUGAGAAAGAAGUAGCAGCAAGUCGUGAACUAGAAAAAACAAUUGAAGAUGAGAAAUUCAACCUCAAACGGAUUUUCCAGCAGUUGAUAGAAAAACUGUAUAAAACAGUGUGAAUGAUGAAAUCUUUCAUAUAGACAUAAUUCAGGGGGCGGGGUCCCAUAUCUCCAGUGAAUGCCAAUCAAUAUGAGCGGAUGCUACUUUGAGCCAAUACUACUAGUUUAAACGGAUAAUAUGCCAGUUCCAGUGGAUGCGUUUAGUGCAAACUAAUUUAUCCAAAUCAUAAAUUGUUUUUUUUUUUAUUGCUGUAAUGCCAAAAUGCACUGUGUAACCAAGAUUUUUGCUACUUUUAAUGAUUCCAUGUUUGAAUUACAGUUUUGGCAAAGCCAACCACCCUAUGGCCGCUAACAAGCACUAAAUUCAUGGUUUUCAGUAAGUUAAAUCUGGGGUUUUGUAGUAAAAAAAUCAAAUUAUAAUUAUGAUUGUAAACUGUAAUUGAAUUUGGUCUCCCCUCCAGUUAUCUGUAGGAGUCACCAGGUAUCUAAAUGAUCUUCCAUAUUUUUUCAAGCAAACAAAAUCUCCCACAAACUAAUCUGUGCCCUCUAAAUAGUUUAAUUUGUUGUGCAAGUAUCACUAUGUACAGCAAAUAAACAUUUAUUGAGUCAUAGAACCA